AUGUCCCGACUGACACCCCAACACCUUUCAAUAAUUUCGUCCUACCUCCGCCAUCUGAGCCGGUUCCGAGACCCAACAACACGAUGGAUAGCUGCCGCAAACUCGGGCCAUGUGAACGUAUACGAGACUUUACUGAAAGAAGCAUCCGCACGAGCUGGAGAGAGACGGAAGGAAUUCAUGAAAUUAUAUUUGGAAAUGGUUCCAGGGAUCGCCAAGGAAGAACUGCUGUAUCCAUUGUCCGAGCUCCCAAGCUAUUUGCCAGCCCUAGUGGCUCUGCUCAGCUGCCCAGAUGCAUAUCUGGGGCAAGGACGGCCAUCGAUUGGCCACUUGCAAUCGAUCCCUCCGGGUACGCUGAUCAACAAUACCUGGUCCGACCUUCCACCCAACCUUCAAUCGGCCGCACCACCCAUAGCAGCACACAUGGGAUUGUUGCACGAAGCCAGACAGAUCAACAAACGACGCUGGCUACGUGACCGCUGGUUGGCCGGUCUCAUUGGCCCAGUGCCCACCUCUCGCAGUCCCCGAUGA